AUGAGCCUCGCCGAGGCGCCGUCGCCGUCCCCGUCGUCGUCGAGCGGAAGCGACGACUUCGCCGCCCUCCUCGACUCCGAGCUCGAGCUCGCCUCCGGCGCCGACUCCGCCUUCCCUGGCGACCCCUCCUCCGCCUCGCCCGAUACCGACGACGAGGGCGAGGAUGAGGAUUCGGAGGAGGUGGAAGUUGAACUCCUAGAACAGAACAGUGCUAAAAGGCGUAGAGUGGAGGAACAGAGCCAAGAUCAAGGAACAUCAAUUAGGCCUGACAAAAUUGCCACUGGCCCAUCUAAAAAUGUUCAAGUUGAGGUAUGUCCACAUCCUGGAUAUUUUGGGGGGCUUUGCUUUAGAUGUGGCAAGCCACAAGAUGAAGAAGAUGCUUCAGGAGUUGCUUUUGGUUACAUCCACAAGGGCUUGAGGCUAGGUACUUCAGAAAUUGACAGAUUACGUGGCGCUGAUUUGAAGAAUCUGCUGCGUGAAAGAAAACUAGUGCUUAUUUUAGACCUGGAUCAUACACUGAUCAACUCGACCAAACUCCAAGAUAUUUCUUCUGCUGAGAAUGAGUUGGGUAUUCGGACUGCUGCUUUAAAAGAUGAUCCGGACAGAAGCAUCUUCUCACUAGAUUCAAUGCAGAUGCUCACGAAGUUGAGACCAUUUGUUCGUAAUUUUUUGAAAGAAGCAAGCAAUAUGUUUGAGAUGUAUAUAUACACCAUGGGUGACAAAGCUUAUGCAAUUGAAAUAGCGAAGCUUCUUGACCCUAGUAAUGUCUAUUUUCCUUCAAAAGUGAUUUCGAACUCAGAUUGCACCCAGCGCCACCAGAAAGGUCUUGAUGUGAUUCUUGGGGCUGAAAGUGUUGCAGUGAUUCUUGAUGACACUGAAUAUGUCUGGCAGAAGCAUAAAGAGAACCUGAUUCUGAUGGAGAGAUAUCAUUACUUUGCUUCAAGCUGCCGCCAAUUUGGUUUUGGUGUUAAAUCUUUGUCAGAGUCGAUGCAGGAUGAAAGGGAGAGUGAUGGUGCUUUGGCCACCGUUUUAGAUGUAUUGAAGCGCAUACACACAAUUUUCUUUGACACGGCUGUUGAAACUGCUCUUUCUUCACGGGAUGUAAGACAGGUGAUCAAGACAGUACGAAAGGAAGUCCUGGAAGGCUGCAAACUUGUCUUCAGUCGGGUGUUCCCAAAUACCUCUCGCCCACAGGAGCAGAUGAUGUGGAAGAUGGCCGAGCAUCUGGGCGCUGUUUGCUCCACAGAUGUAGAUUCCACAGUGACCCACGUUGUGGCUGUGGAUCUGGGAACAGAAAAGGCCCGCUGGGCUGUAAAGAACAAGAAGUUUUUGGUCCACCCACGCUGGAUCGAAGCCGCCAAUUUCCGGUGGCACCGGCAACCGGAGGAAGAUUUUCCUGUCAUUCCACCGAAGGAAAAGAGCACAGAUAAGGAACCGAGCAAAGAUAAAGAAGAAAAUGCUGUAGCAGGCCAGAAGGAAACGAGCAACGAUAAAAAAGAAGAAAAUGCUGUAGCUGGUCAGAAGGAAACGAGCAACGAUCAAGAGGACAAUGAUGUAGCCGGCCAGAAGGAGAAGGAUGGCGCCAAAGAAAACGCUGUGGCCACUACUGCUACAGGCCCUGCUGACUCAUAAGCUAUGUAGGGCUCGAAAGGUGUCUGACAUGUAGUGUAGGCGUGCAGGAUUGGGGGGACGGAAAUUUAGCUUUUGUUACCCGUUCGUGCAGGGCCAGGAUGUUGGAUCUGGUCCACGUGAAAUUUUGCUGCUGACCUGAGAUGCUGAUUGGGCCUCCGACCAUCUAAAUUAGGGUACGAUAACAUUUCAGAAGUUUAAGCAAAUUGAUGUGGUUAUGGCACAAUUCUAGGAUUAAGUUAUGCGAUUGUGUAUGCAAACUAUUGUAGCUUUACCUGCUUCUGCAGGUAUUUGCUCCGGAAUCGGAAUUGAACUUCAUUUACUUUUAGUAAUGGCAAAUGGACUCCGUGAUUUCAAGGUUGAAA